CCACAAGGGCAUAUUUGAAAGUAGGACCAACACGGAGCAGCAGCUUCAGCAGCUUCAGGAACAAUGGCUAAAACUGAUGGAGAACAUUAUUUUAAAAGAGCCAGUUUGUUCUGGAUUGUCGUGGUGACAGUCUCGUUUGGCUAUUUCACAUGUGCAGUGUUUUUGCCGGAAAAAGUUCCAUUUGAUCAACUUGGUACAUUUGGAGCUUUCAGCAAACAUCUGGCGGAUAAUUAUCCUGGCGCUAUGUAUAAAGGGUGGUGGGCGGCCUGGGCCGUUCAUGCAUUUGAAGCAUUCGUUGCUCGGAGACUGUGCAGCAACAAAGGGAUCAACGACCCUGCCACCCGCUUCCUGUGGUUCAUUCAGACUUUUCUGUUUGGUUUUGCCUCCCUCGGCCUUCUCCUCAAAUACAACCCUGAGCGUCCAAAACAGAAAUGAUGUGGACAGCGGACAACAAGGCUUCAUCUAUGUGCCUCUUUUUCUCUGCAUUUUUCUCUAUCACAUGAGGAAGACGUUUUGAAGGAAACCAGAGCCUUAUCUUAAAUGUUUCUCUAACCUGACCUCUGCUGUAGUUCUUAGACCUUUUAAAGAACACUAAGAUUUUAUAGGCUUUAACUUUUAAUGAAGUUAGCAGUACUUUAUUCUGUGCGACUAAAUUGAUCAAGCCCAUUCCAAUGCGUGCAAUACAAAUAUACAUCAUAUUUUGUUGGGAUAGAUAUAUAUUUCUUCAGUGGUGAUAAAGCUAACUCUAGACAGGUUGGCCUCAGACAUUCUCAGAGUCACUAUUGGAUACAUUUUUAUGGUUGUGUUUACAUUCUGAAUCCUUGGUUUGAAUAAUAUAAACAUGUAGUACAUUCCACCAUUGCUACUUCUCCAUGCCGUCACACAAACUCAGGUACAGUUUGAAGGUUGAAUGUUUCCUGGAGCAAAUGCAUCUAAAUAAACUAAAACACUAGAGACAGAUCAGGCUAAUGAAGGAAAUCCUCUAGAGAAUUCAAGGCAGGUCUGUGUAGCACUUUCAACCCAACAGCAGUAUUUAUAGUGUACCAUUAAUAUAUUGCAAAUACAUUGUCUUAGUUCCUUUAACAGUGACAGGCAGAACACCUCGCAACAGACUACUAAACAGAUAGCUGAGAGUUUAACAUCUUGGUGUGUAUUUUUGAUAUGUUUUUAUGUUUAAGUGGAAACUAGCAUUGCUAUAUUUCAUUAGAUACACAUGGAUUUUUCUAAUGUAAAAUAUGAGCCAUGGUUCAAAAAUGUUGGGAAACAAGACUAUUGAAGAUUGGGACCAAAUCCUCUGCAUUCUACUGAAGCUAUGACCAGAUCCCAGUAUCAUAAUAAUUUGUCAUUGAACUGUGAUCAUUCAUGAUGGUGCUCUGUUUUUGAAUCCAAUGCUGUAAUCUCUCCUUAUUACAAUUCAUAAUAAAAAUAACUUAAUUAAG